CCUGCAAAUGUAAGCUAUUACCAUUAUGGUGGUUAACAAACUGGAAAAUCAUACUAGAGAUUUCUGGAUGAUUCUGUCUGCCGUAGUUCCCACUAAAUUAUACUAGCAAACUCUUUCUGGGAUUACUGAACUCUAUUGCCUUCCAGAAUGAUCUCGACUGUCUCCAUACUCCAAGUUCUACUCUCUGGUCACCCAUCCCUUCACUUCUUACAGGGGAUUAUACUGAAGAUUCAGGGGGUUGAAGGAUUAGCCAAGGCAGAUUAAAGUGGCUAUCCUCAACCUGGUAAUCCAGCCAUCUGUCAGAAAGCAGUCAGGCAGCAUUGGGCUGCAGGGUGUGAUUUGUCUCCCUUCCUCAGCUUGCUAAUUAACACUGCCAAGGACCAGCUCUCAGAGGCUGCAGGACAUCAGGACUGUUUCAAUAACGAAGCACUUCUCUAAAGAGUUUAAAAUGCAAGAGACGUAUCUACUUGACCAUCCAGGAGUAAAAAAGAAGAUUUUGCAUGGAGGUCAAGGAUCAUUGCCGCAUUUUCCAAAAGGAACCAAGCUGGUGUUCCACUUUCAGACUCUGUUGGACAACUUUGAAAGAACAGUGAUUGACGACAGUCGCAAAAAUAAGCAUCCCACGGAGAUUUUCGUGGGGAAGAUGUUCAAAAUGGAGGUGUGGGAGGUGCUGUUAACCUCCAUGAGGAUUGGAGAGGUGGCAGAGUUUUGGUGUGAUGCUAUUCACACGGGUCUUUAUCCCAUUGUGUCCAAAGGGAUGCGACUGGCUGCUCAGGGAAAGGACCCUCUAGAUGGGCAAAGACACACAUGUGGCAUGGGAAACUUGUUUCACUACCAUUCGACAGGCUUUCCAGAGCUUGAUGAGAUAAUGAGGACACCUCAGCCUCUAAUCUUCAUCAUGGAACUAAUCUCGGUGGGCGACCCGUUCUCUUACCAGCGGGAGUCUUGGAUGAUGGAGAAGGAUGAGAAGCUAAAGGUCGUGCCCUCGCUGCAUCUUUUGGGCAAUGCUCUGGUCAAGCAGGGUCGGUUCCGGGAAGCUGCAGAAAAGUACCAAGAGGCUGUGGUUCUGCUGCGAACAGUCCAAUCCAGGGAAAUGCCUGGAGAUGAAGACUACAUUAAUCUAGACAGGCUUAUCAUUCCUCUUGCACUGAACUACUGCCAGUGCAUGUUAGAGCUGGAGGAAUAUUACGAGGUCAUAGAACAUACGACAGAGCUUCUGGACAAACACAAAGACUGUGUCAAGGCCUACUACAAGCGGGCGAAGGCCUACGCGGCUGUUUGGAGCGAGAGGGAGGCCAGGAGGGACUUCCAGAUGGUGGCCAACCUUGACAUCACACUGUCUCGAUUGGUGCAAAGAGAACUCGGUCUUCUCUCUGAGAGAAUGAAGGAAAAAUACUGGGAGGAUAAAGAAAGAUACUGGAACAUCCUGGGACACAAAGAAAAGGAACCAGAGAAGGAGGACAUCUCUGAGAUGGAUGCAAAAGAGGAAUGUGAGGGGGAACAUUCUCAGUCCCCCGAAGAAGUCAAAGAUGCUGAGGAGGGAAAGAAUCCAUCUGUAGCAGGGGAAAAUGAGCAUGACACCAGAAGUGAAGAGUCGGCAGUGGGGGCCAAUCACAGGAUAACAGCUCUGACCGAGGGCAAGGACUGGCAGCAGAUGCUACGGCUAAUUAUGCUGCUCCAAGAUGAAGGCAAUUUCAAUGUGAAAGAGUGUAAAUACACUGAGGCGACUGCUAAGUUCAAGGAGGCUCUGGAGUAUGUAGAUCAUCUCCAAACUAAGGUGGAACAUAAAGGAGAAGACUGGGAAUCUCUAGAGAAAGUCCGUCUGCCACUCUGUCUAAAUCUCAGUCAGUGUAAGCUGGAGCUUGGGGAAUACCAAGAAGUGGUGGAUCUCAACUCUAAACUGCUGAAGAAACAUAAAGACAAUCUAAAAGCCAUGUACCAGAGGGCCCUGGCUCACUCCGCAUUAUGUAACGAAGACGAGGCCCACAGGGAUUUCAAUAAAGUCAUGCAACUAGAUCCCAAAUUCAAACCCACUGUUAAACAGGAGAUUAAGAAGAUGAGUGAAAACAUAAGAGUGAUGCGCGUCAAUGAAAACAAAAACUACUGGACAAGCACUCAGGAGAAGUGGGAAAAGAAGUCGCAGACCAAGAGAGGAAAGAAGAUGAAGAAAGGAGUGACAUGGGCGGAUGAGAGUAAAAUGUUGGGAAGGAGCGAUGAAGGACAACUGGCAAGAUCAGGCUGCGGUGACAAAUCAGAGGAGAGCUGCAGUGUCAAAGAAGGCAAUAAAGAUGAAGGACAGGAUGAGAAGAAAAACUGUGAGAACAAAAAGGAUGAGAGCUCUCUGACCCUGAAAGAAGCAAAAGAAAAAUCUACGGCUGUAGAUAAAGACAAGGAUUCAGCCCAAAGCAAUGUGCUGGGAGAUAGUACACAGAGAUCACAGAAGGAUAGCGGGGUCACUGAAACUCUACUGACCAAUGACAUUACAAAGAAAAAUGAUGGCCAGGGUGAGAUCACAGAUGAAAAACAAGAAUCUCCUGCAAAGCCAGACAAAGAUACAAGCAGUGAAGCAUCGAGGGAAGAAAGACUGACGGACAUGACUGGAGGUGAUGAAGCAGAGGAAAGCUACUGAAUUUAAGAUGGAGAAGACAAAUGUUGAAGAACCAACAGGAGCAUCACCUACCAAAACCUGAGAAACAUGUUAAACGCAAACUGAAAAAGAAAUGCCAUCGUCUGAAAAGAAUACCAACCAGACCAGGUGUAUAACAAAUAAAAAUUUAUUUCUUUGUACACAAUGAGUAGAAAGCAGCCAGUAACUCAUUCAUUUUUAAAACGCCUUCUUUUCACAUUUUGUACAGAUUAAAAACAUAAAAACACAAAAACCAAGACAUUAAUUAUGUUAAUAAUUAAAAUAGCAAUUGCAUUGCUCCUGAAAAUCUAAACGUAAAAAAAACCCCAAAAAACAAUAACGUAUAUAUUGCAGGGACCCAAAUAAAACGUAAUAUUUCUAUUCAGGAAAUUUGACCUGAAAGCAACACAACAUGUCAUGGUGUGUAAUGGCAAUGCCACAGGUUCAGAGGUUAACCAGUAAAUGCCCUGUUGUGUAGUUCAAUAUUACAAACAAGCCUGCAAAGCCAGAGAUGUAUUGGGGUCAUGACACAAAGGUCUGCUACAUACAAACAAAAAUAAUGAGUGUAUUUGUUAAUGAGGCAGAUGGCUAAAUAUAGCUCAGGCAGCCCUUAGCAAUGCUGUAAUAUCCACAAAAUAUUUCCUUCUGUAAUUUAACACAUCCCACAAAUUCAGCACAUCUCAUUUUCUGAAAGUAGACAAGGGAACAAUUAUGAGUUAAAAAUAUCAUAAUAAGGAAUAACGGAUAUACAUAUAUGCCAGAAUGGAGAAUUAUUAUAUUUUGCAAAUGCAUAUAGAAGAAUUUCCAUGUAUUACAUAAUGCUACAUGAUUUGCUACCAUGUUGAAGCUCUAUAUAUAUAUUUUGCAAAAAUCAUCUCUUUUUCUACAGGCUUAAAAUAGAUCAUUUUCUUAAUCAGCAUUUUGUCUUGCCUUCUAUUCAAAAUAUUCAAAUAUACUUCAAACAUGAUUCAUUUCUUUGAAAAACUAUUUUGUAUGAUUUUUUUCACUUCUUUUCAGAGAAUGUAUUGAAUCCAUUUUUAUUCUCACCCAAUUGGGCAUUAAUUAAAUGAUGUGGACAUUUAUUAAGAUAAAAAAAAAAAACAACAACAUUUUUAACCAUUUAAUUUAAUAUGUAAAAUAUGCUUCCGGAUAAGAUUGGGUAAAAUAAUAAUAAUAAUAAUAAUAAUAAUAAUAGAACAAUUUAAUUAAUAA